GGCGAAAGCGGGAAGUCAGAAAACUGCUCUCCCCUAUGCACAACGACCUUUGACUUCACUGUCUCCCCCCUUGUGGCCCCUGGCCAAUCCUGCUAGCCUCCUGUGCUCCCCCCUCCCCAGUAGUGGCCCUGUUCUGCCCUUUUUCUAUCUGUCACAUUUGGAAGCAACUCUUUGUCUCAGCUCAAUCACAGAGUCCCAGAUAGACAUUAGCUGAUGGGUUUCUCUUCCACUGUCUGAUAUUGAACUGAUUUCUUUGCCUUCCUAUAAUCCAGGGAUUAGCGCACACUAAAAAUCUGAUCGCAGUAGAUGUUCUGUUACGCCUCAUUUACAGAUUAUUCCGCACAUGCUGUACCACGUGAAAGCCAUGCAUAAAGGGUAUUUCCAUGUAAUCUAGGCUGGAUCCAUGUUUCUGUGUUAUUCAUACAAUGACAGAGUACUCUGCCCGUCUCCCAGUGAGCACAGCACUGGCACUUCAUAUAACCCUGUAACCACCCGCAGUGCCACAUCAUUCUCCAUUGAUUUGUGCCAUUCCAUUUUCCUCCUCUGUCCUACAAUAUGUCCCCCACUAUGUCGCCACCUUUCUUCCUAUGGCUGGAGGAGAUGGGCCUUUUGAUGUUCUUGAGGGCACGACGACUAUUCCUACAAGCUGCCAUUUUCCUCUGUGUCCUCAUCUUGCUUCUCUGGGUCUCUGUCUUCUUGUACGGAAGCUUCUACUACUCCUACAUGCCCACCGUAAAGUACUCCAGCCCUGUUCACUACCAAUACAGCUCCACCUGUGAACCCCCACCUGGGAUUCUCUGCUCAUUCCCCACGGCCAAUGUUUCCCUCCUUCGGAAUAAUCGGGAUCGGGUGCUUAUACAUGGGCAGCCUUACCGUAUUUCACUUGAGCUCCAGCUGCCCGAAUCUACAGUCAAUCAGGAUUUGGGGAUGUUCAUGGUGACUAUGUCAUGUUACACACGGGGUGGAAAGCAGAUCUCCUACACUGCCCGAUCAGCCAUGCUCCAUUACAAGUCACCGCUCCUGCGCACAAUGGAGACCCUGGCCUCCUCCCCGUUGCUGUUAUUGGGCUUUUCUGAGCAAAAGCAAAGUCUAGAGGUGGAGCUUUACCCUGAGUACCGCGAGGAUUCGUAUGUCCCCACUGUGGGUGCAGUGAUACAGGUACAGAGUGUCAGGAUAGAGAUAUACACGGCUGAGCUCAGAGUGCACGCCUACUUUACAGGAAUACGGUACCUUUUAUAUCAUUUCCCCGUCACAUCAGCUGUGAUUGGAAUAUCCAGCAAUUUUAUCUUCUUGAGUGUCCUGGUCUUACUCAGUUACCUGCAAUGGGGGUUUGGGAGAACCCGUCUCCGGGAUGUUCAGCAACGGACAAGAAAUGUUAGAGGAGCUGAGACUCGUCCGGAAAGUGUUUCUCAGACAGAAGACAAAGACCAGUCAGAUACAGAGACUAUUGGGCAAAAUGAUACUGAUUCACAGGGAGCUCAGCAAAUGGAAACACAAGUGGUGCAAAAUAUCAGUUCUGAUUUGGACACGGACAGUAACGCUCAGUUCUCAGCGCUCCACCAGCGCAGCGCACAAAGCAGCAGCAACUGAAGUGAAAGCAACUAGGGAUGCACCGAGUCCAGGAUUCGGUUUGGGAUUCGGUCAGGAUUCAACCUUUUUUAGCAGGAUUCGGAUUCGGUCGAAUCCUUGUGUCUGGCUGAACCGAAUCCUAAUUUGCAUAAGUAAAUUAGGAACAGGGAGGGAAAUCACAUGACUCUUCAUUACAAAACAAGGAGUAAAAAAAAGUUCACACUUUUUCCUUUCCCAUCCUAAUUUGCAUAUGCAAAUUCGGAUUCGGUUUGGACAAAUCUUCCACAAAGGAUUGGACCGAAUCACAAAUAGUGGAUCCAGUGCAUCCCUAAAAGCAAGAUUGGACAAUUAGACUGAUUCCUUUGGUAGGACCACAUCAAAGGUGCUGGAAGUGGUAGCGAAGGAAGAGGAGUCAAGAGUCAUGUUCCUUUUGAAGGGAUCAGACUUUAGCCAUAGGGUUUCAUAGUUGAGUCCUGCAUGGAACCAAUUUCUAAGACCCGGACCCGACCCGAACCCACAGCUCACAACCCAAACCUCAGCCAACCCGACCUGCAACCUGCCGAACACCAUCAAACCGGAAGUGACGUUGCUGCAAACCGGACGUGACAUCAUCAAACGUGCCGGAUAGUCAAGAGUGUGAUGUAAGAGAGCUGUGCCUGAAGUCAGAUGGGAGGUGGAGACAAGUGGAGGGAAAGCUGCAGCAGGAAGAGACCCGCAACCUGUCCCUCAGACCUCCGACCCCGCAGACCCGCAUCUGUACCCGCACAUGAAAAUCCUCCCUUCAUUCCGCAGGGUACUCGCUUUUUGCAGGUAACCCGCGGGUACCCGACCUGCUGCAGGAGUCUAUUUCAUAUUUCCAUGAGCCAAACAUAUUGACAAGUCAGUUUAUCAUCAUGAAGAUGAAUAAACUCCUAAAGUAAAUAAGUAACACAAUAACUGACUUAUGUUGUCAGGGAUUUGGUAUAAAAGUAGAACACCUUAA